UUAUGUAAUUCACUUUAUAGGUUGGCAUAGACUUGAUAGGACCUUUGCCGAUUACACCCAAUGGCAGCAAAUAUGUGGUAACAUUGGUCGAUUAUUUUAGCAAAUGGGCUGAAGCAGCCCCACUCCCUGACAAAACUGCAUUUGGAGUGGCAAUUAAUGUUCCUGUACAACUUGUUUUGUCGGUUUGGGUUUUGUGAGGUGUUGAUAUCGGACCAAGGCCGUGAGUUUGUUAAUCAGGUCAACACAGAGCUUUUUCGAUUCACUGGAACAGAGCACAGGGUCACUUCAGCUUAUACCACCCACAAACCAACGGGCGAACUGAACGUUUCAAUCAAACACUUCAAACAAUGUGAAUGACUCACAGACCGACUGGGACUACCACUUGCCCGCUAUUCUCUUUGCUUAUAGGACGAGUAAGCAAAAGGCAACGAAGUAUUCACCUUUCGAGUUGAUGUUCUGUCGGAAACCUGUACUCCCUAUUCAACUGGAGUUAGGCAGCGAGGGUGAACUUGAGCAGAGCUGGGAUAUUAGUGCCAUUAUGACCCACGCUCGAGCUGUUACAAAGUUAAAGGAUGAUAUCCACAGCAAAGCCAAGAAGAACAUUGACAAUGCCCAAGAAAAGGACAAGAUGUACUAUGAUCGGAAGCAUGCAGACAAGAGGGUGUUUAAGACUGGGAGUUUGGUCUGGCUGAGGAAUUCAGCCAGGGAAUGUAAGAAGGGAGACAAGGGUGGUGGAGUGCUUGGACAAGGGAGUCUUUAAGAUUGCCAACCCUAAGACUGGAAAGACCCUAAAAAAGGCUGUUAACCAACAGCGGUUAAAGCAUUACCAUGGCCCAGACUCCGAAAAACCUCUCUUGGAUCAACAUAGUUCUCUCUCGGAUCCUUCCGAAUUAUCAGACAACCAUCACGAUGAAUCUCUCGAUCAGUUAAACCCUUCUUUGACGAGUACUCCUGUGAAAGACCCAAGCAAGAAGCUGUGGGGAAAAAAUUGUGAUUUUCCCUAUUCUCACAAGCCAGACGCCCCCUCCUCUCACAAGCCAGACGCUCCCUCCUCUCACAAGCCAGACGUCCCCUCCUCUCACAAGCCAGCCGCUCCCUCCUCUCACAAGCCAGACGUCCCCUCCUCUCACAAGCCAGAUGCUCACUCCUCUCGCAAGCGAGACGCCCCCUUCUCUCACGUUAAGACUGCAUCCUCUAUGGAGCCACCUUUGAAGAAGCAAAGGACUACUCAGUCUGUAACAAGAAAGAAUUCAAGCUACUGCAUGGGUGAAGGAUUUGGACCUGAGGACGGGAGACAAGGAUGUAGUUCUUGCUGAGAGCGGGAUGCUUUCUGACCGUCAUAUGUAUGCUGCCCACAAACUAAUGAGAAUGCAAUUUCCAAAUAUUAAAGGCUGCUACUCUACACAGCAAAAACACAUAUGUUAUAUGGGAUGCAUCAUCGUAUUUUAGUGUUAAAAUGACAGAAAUUUAUGUCAUUUCUAUUAAAUUUCAAAUGAUGCAUUUUAUUUGAGAUGUUUUAUGCUAUUAUAACAUAUCUGUUUUUACUGUGUACUCUUCUGGUUCAGAAGAUGUCCUUUCCUGCAGUCACUAGUAGUGAAGCCACAGCCGUGCAGAUAUUCUUUGUAACAGAGAGGCAUCACUGGAUUGCGACAGCACUCAUCAAGGGGGAACUUUUCCUCUUUGAUAGCUGCUUCCAAUAUGGGAAAGACCUGGAGCCAAGUGCUGAGCUGCAAAUCGCACAGAUGUAUAAGCCUUUAAUAGCGCACAAUGGGCUGUUACUGUCUGUGGCCUCCAUUCAACAGCAGAGCAGUGGCAGUAACAACUGUGGUUUGUUUGCAAUUGCCGCUGCAUACCACGCAUUGCAAGGAGACAAUCUGGAUACCAUCACCCUAAAUGAAGACAAAAUGAGGCCACAUCUUGUGCGUUGCUUUGAAAAUGAGAAACUCAGAAGAUUUCCAAAGUCAAAAGAUGUUAGUAGCCGCAAGAGACUAGAAAGAUUUUCCAGUAUAGUAAUUACGAUAUACUGCCCUUGUCUCCGCCCUGACUGUUAUGAUGAAAUGGUCCAGUGCGAUACGUGUAAUGUGUGGUAUCAUUAUAAAUGUGUUCGUAUUAAAUUAUCUCCACUUGGAGAUUGGUUUUGUCCUACUUGUAGAUCUAGAUAGAAUUUUUUUAGCAUUUCGUUAUCUUCCACUAGCUGUUUUUGUUUAUACACUGUUAAUUUGCACUGUUGUUUUGUU